AAAAGAAAGUUUUUGAUUAUUAUUAUUUAUUUUCUAAUUUAAAAAGGGAGGAAGAAGACAAGAAAAAACACUUCCCUACAAGACCCACAAACAAGACCCCAACAACACCAAAAAGAAAUUAAAAAUAUUUUUUCUUUUAAAAUAAAAAAUAAAAAGCUAACAAACAUGAAAUUGGGACUUGGGAGCAAGCCCAAAUCUGAAGCACUCGAAAGGCACGUGCAAUUCACGCUCCAAUCAAGAGAAGGUGAUGACCAGUGUCAGGAACUGCUUUCGUCCGUGGGUCUCCUAUAUUAUUACUUCAAGCGUCGCCAGUUCCCUUCGACAUGGUCACUCUCUGUUUCCCACGCGCACUCCGGUGGCGCGUUCCAGCGCGUGUUUUCUCCUGCAAAAUACACACUCUCCCCUCUCUCUCCUCUUCUCCUUCUUCUUCAUCACCUCCUCCUCCUCCGCUCUUCUGUCUUUCUCUAUUUCUCUCUCCCCCAAUUCCUCUCUCUCUCUCUAGAAAGACUGAACUGAACCCAUCAGUGUACGAACCAAAUAACAGCUAUAUAAACCCAAUACAGAAAAAAGAGUCUCAUAGAUAGGCCGGACUCCGGCAUGGGAGCUCGCCGGGUUUUUAAGUUCCGGCCACCCUCGGUGUCGGCCUUUCUAGACUAAAUGCAACCGAAACGCCGUCUUCCACGACCCAACUUCUCUGUUCAGUUUCUGAGUGGCACAACCACCACAAACGCCACCGCCACCACUGUUGACGAUGACGAAGAAGACGAUGAAGAUGAUAAGGAAUUUUUCUUGAAAGCACAGAAUUCUCUUUGAAUAAUAUAAAGUUUCAAUCUUUCAUAUUUUUCUUCAUUUGGGUUCUUCCCUCCAAUGGCAGCCACCACCACUAACACCGGCACAGCUUCAGCUGCUAUGGAGUCUUCUUCGGUAGCAGCUUCGGCUGAUGACGUGGCAUCCAAAGCCAUACACAAGCGUUACGAAGGACUCGUUAUGGUUCGAACCAAAGCCAUAAAGGGUAAAGGAGCUUGGUAUUGGGCUCACCUGGAACCCAUGCUGGUACAGAACACCGAUACCGGUUUGCCAAAAGCGGUGAAGCUCCGUUGUUCUUUAUGCGACGCCAUUUUCUCAGCUUCAAACCCAUCUCGUACUGCCUCGGAGCACCUAAAGCGAGGAACUUGUCCCAAUUUCAACUCAGUCGCAAAACCCAUUUCCUCUGUUUCACCUUCUUCAGCCGCCACCAUGGUGGUUUCACCUUCCUCCACCACUGCGCCGCCGCUCCAUAACCACCGUAAACGAAGCUCUUCCUCAGUCGGUGGAGGAGGAGGGUCUGCUUCUUCGUACCAUGUCUCGCCACUUGCAGUGGUGGAUCCAUCUCAUCGCUACUGUACAGAGUUAAGUUACUCGCCUUCGGCUUCGGGUGGGGCUACGACGGUGGUGACUGCCAUAACCGGAUCUUUAAUACCUCAACAACAGCAGCAUUUGAUGUUGUCCGGUGGUAAAGAUGAUUUGGGAGCACUUGCUAUGUUACAAGAUAGUGUUAAGAAGCUAAAGAGUCCUAAAACCUCACCUGGACCAGCUCUAAGCAAGAAUCAGAUUGAGUGUGCUCUUGAUUAUUUGGCUGAUUGGGUUUACGAGUCAUGUGGGUCUGUCUCUUUCACUAGUCUUGAGCAUCCAAAGUUUAGAGCUUUCCUUAACCAAGUGGGUUUGCCAGGGAUUUCAAGGAGAGAGUUCACUGGGUCUAGAUUGGAUGCCAGGUUUGAGGAAGCUAAGAGUGAAUCAGAGGCCAGAAUUAGAGACGCCAUGUUUUUCCAAGUUGCCUCUGAUGGUUGGAAGCCUAAAAAGUAUGGUGGUUUUAGUGGUGAAGAGAAUUUAGUAAAUUUGACUGUGAAUCUUCCUAAUGGGACUAGUUUGUACCGCAAGGCAGUUUUCGUUAGUGGGUCUGUGCCGUCAAAGUAUGCUGAGGAGGUUUUGUGGGAGACAGUCACAGGCAUUUGUGGGAAUGUUGUUCAACAGUGUGUAGGAAUAGUAGCAGACAGGUUUAAGGCCAAAGCACUGAGAAGCUUAGAAAAUCAGAAUCACUGGAUGGUCAAUCUUUCUUGUCAAUUCCAGGGGUUUAAUAGUUUGGUUAAGGACUUUGGCAAGGCACUGCCAUUGUUCAGGACAGUCACAGAGAAUUGUCUCAAGCUUGCAACUUUUGUCAAUAACAAUUCCCAGGUUAGAAAUAGCUUUCAUAAAUUUCAAAUGCAGGAAUAUGGUUACACUGGUUUAAUAAGACUACCACUGCCAGAGUAUGAAAGUAUCAUCUUCUUUGAACCUAUAUAUGCAAUGCUUGAGGAUAUACUCAAUUCAGCUAGAGCACUUCAGUUGAUUCUACUUGAUGAAGCUUUUAAGCUUGCUUCCAUGGAAGAACCUAUUGCCAGAGAGGUUUCUGAUAUGAUUGGGGAAGUGGGUUUUUGGAAUGAAGUUGAAGCUGUACAUUCGUUAGUUAAAUUGAUCAAAGACAUGGCUCAAGAGAUAGAGGUGGAGAGACCACUAGUAGGGCAAUGCCUUCCUCUUUGGAAUGAACUUAGAGCAAAAGUGAAAGACUGGUGCUCCAAAUUUCACAUUAGUGAAGGGCCAGUGGAGAGGAUUAUUGAGAAAAGGUUCAAGAAGAAUUAUCAUCUAGCUUGGGCUGCAGCAUACAUACUCGAUCCCCUUUACUUGAUCAGAGACACUAGCGGUAAAUACCUGCCUCCAUUCAAGUAUUUGACUACUGAUCAGGAGAAAGAUGUGGACAAGCUCAUAACAAGGCUUGUAUCAAGGGAGGAGGCUCAUAUCGCUUUGAUGGAGCUCAUGAAAUGGAGAACAGAAGGGCUUGAUCCUGUCUAUGCUCGGGCGGUACAAAUGAAAGAGAGAGACCCGAUAACCGGCAAGAUGAGGGCUGCUAAUCCACAGAGUAGUAGGCUUGUGUGGGAAACUUAUCUCACUGAAUUCAAGUCACUAGGAAAAGUUGCAGUUAGGCUCAUCUUUCUCCAUGCUACUUCAUGUGGAUUCAAAUGCAAUUGGUCAUUGUUGAGAUGGGUUUCUGCUCAUGGACAUUCAAGAGUUGGUAUGGAAAAGGCACAAAAGUUAAUAUUCAUUGCAGCUCAUUCUAAGCUUGAGAGGAGAGAUUUCUCAAGUGAUGAAGAUAAGGAUGCAGAACUAUUGGCCUUAGCAAACGCACUGGAGAGACCCCCUUGAGUUGGUUAGUUGUUGGACCAUUGAUUAAACAAAAGUUUGUCAAGAAGAAUCCAAAGAGGGAAUUUGACCUGAAUUUUUUCGGCGAAAAUGGUGUCAGUUUCACAAGCUAUGAUAAGCUUAUAGUUUCCACUGGCCAAAUGGAAUGGAUGGAUGGCAAGGCAAGCCGUAUUGGUGUGUGGGUCAAGCAACCUCGUUAGGAGCUAAAGAGUACAUGCUUUUUAGCUGGAGAAGCACUUGAAAGUUGAAACUAUGUUUAAUUUCUUUAUUAAAAAAAAAAAAGAGAGAGAGAGCAUAUAUAUAUAUAUAUGUAUAUAUAUAUCAUCUCAACCAUAUCUCCUGGAUUUUGUGUCUAAGAAAGAGUAGAGUCCCACCAUGAAAAAAACAGUACAAGUCUUUUUCCAAUUCCAAGGUUUGGUUUUGGUGGUUACAGAGAGAACUAUACUACUAUUCAUCAAUCAAAUCAAAGCUUUGGAUUUACAUUUCUUUUAAACAAUUCAAAAGUUCUUUGAUUUCUAAGAAGAAAGGCUUUCAAAGGAUUCCAAGAAAUUAGGAAGACUGUCAAGCAAGAAACAGCCAACCGACCAAUCGAGGCUGCUGCCAAUUCACAAAGAAUUUGAGCAGAGAUCUUCUGGUGCUAAAAAUGGUGAAGUUUUCUGCUGCUGUUUAUAAAAGCUCUUGAUAAAUUGUGUACAAUUGUAUCCCAUUGAAACAUUAUUGUUUUGUAAUUUGAAGGUUCCAAAAUGUAAGUGCAUGGAAUUAUUAUUAUUAUUUUUCUUGUAAUUAUACCCUUUUUUGUGAUGGAA